CCUGGCGUGGCUUUCCUUUUUGCAUCACAAUCUCAGACAUGAAAUUUGGACGCCGUUGAUUGGUCAUUUGUACUCCCGCCGUCGAGAGGAGCCGCUCCAUGGGCAGCGUACUCCCGCUGUCAAGAUCUGAAGUUGAUUCGAGUUCACAAUGGGCUGUUUGAGCUCUGAGACAGUUGGAAAAGUUUUUAGAAAGGAUCGAGGAUCGGAUUCAGGAUGGUUCUGCUACGAUUAAGGAGAAGUUUGAUUUGCAAUGCAGUGGAUCAAGAAGAAAUCUCAAUUACAAGAUUAUUACCCGUUCAGUAGAAUGCCUGGGAUACCCGAGUCGUUCGCGGAGUAUCUCAAAAAUAAUCCGAAUAAAAAACGUAUUCCUGCCAUUGAGAAGCGAAACCUGGUCAGAUGGCUCAGUGACCCCAGCGUCAAGCCCACCUGUCAGAAGGAUUACAGCCGACGCAACUACGCUCACAAGGCCUACCGAUGGGACGCAAAUCGUCAGCAACUCUUGGCCAAGGCUCGAAAUGGCAAGGAGAGUGACAGAAUUGUCGUCACAGUGGAUGAAAUUCUCCGAACUGUGGAGUCAGUACACAUCAAAGACCACCUGGGGUGGGAUGCAACAUGGAGACGAGUCAGCAAGAAAUACUGCGGCAUCGUUCGACAAGACGUUAUCUGGCUCAUCGUGAGAUGUGGCAUGUGCAAGGUAGACCCUCGCAAGAAAUCAAAGGGCAGCCAGGCGAAUCAGGCCCCGGCCACUGCCACGGCCACGGCCACGACCACGGCUCCUCCUGUUCUGCCACCCACGAUUGCACCCCCUUCAGAUGGGCUCGAGUUCAACUUCAAUGAUCUCACCCUUCAGACGCAAGAUUACCCAAACAUCUUCCAGGACGUCACUGUGGAUGCCUACCAGAACCCCUAUCUGGGUGUCUUUAAAGACGACUAUCCAGACAUCUUCGAAGAGGGUUUGAUGGAUAUCUACCCAGAAAUAUCCCCGGAUAGCUUUCCAGUAUCCCAGGGCGGCUUCCAGGAUCCAUUUCAGCAAGAAUUCCAGGAUGGUGCGUGGCAGGGGGACCUGACGAAUAUCGAUCCCUCUCUGCUCAUGCUCGAUCAGAUGCUCUUCCCCAACUAUUCGCAGGGUGAGUCCUCGGGCACCAACAACUACACUUACGGUGAUGGCAACGACCCCGGUCAAUAAGCCGUGGAAUACGACUCCAGGGCUGUCAACGAUACAAAAUGGUGUGCCACAAGGGACACAAUGGUGUUGGGGAGAAGGAGAAGGAUGCUUUCUGCAUCACUACCGAGGGUUGCAGCCCUGGAGAGCUUUGAAUGGUUCGAUGUAUAAUCAAACCUCAUGUUUGGCUGAUUUGGCGUGGAGCCUCAGAAAAUUUGUGUGCCUAUUUUCCCUUUGUUCAGGAUAUUAGUUUAACUAGGAUGUCAGAUUGUCACUCAAUUGAUUUUUGUUUUUAUGAUAUUCACCUGCUCCUCUCAAAGUUCUUGAUGAGACUGGAGACUUUGUGAUUAGGGUUGCUGCCCGACUUGGUGAUAGUUCUGUCUCAGUGAA